GUCGUGUUCUUCCUUCAGACAAACCGAAGAAGACACUCAAACACGUGUGGGAUUUCGGGAGCAGCGCGUGUUGUUACCGACAAGCAGAAAUCAAUCACGUUGAGCGCGUAUCGAUUAUUUGUUUGGAUCAGAAAUGACGAAGACGAAGAAGGAGAAAGUCUGUGCGGACGGAGAGGAGGCCGCGGCCGCCGACGGGACCGAGAAGUCCUACCAGGACCUGAUCGCCAACGUGAACCCGAUCGCUCAGCCGCUGGCGUCCAAGAAACUCAGCAAGAAACUCUACAAAUGCGUCAAAAAGGCCGCCAAAGUGAAGAACAUCCGGCGAGGAGUGAAGGAAGUCCAGAAGUUCAUCAACAAAGGAGAGAAAGGGAUCGUGGUGCUGGCCGGCGACACGCUGCCCAUCGACGUCUACUGUCACCUGCCCGUCAUGUGUGAGGACAGGAACCUGCCGUACGCCUACAUCCCCUCUAAAGUGGAUUUGGGCUCGUCUGCAGGCUCCAAGAGGCCGACUUGUGUGAUCCUGAUCAAACCUCAUCAGGACUAUCAGGACGCCUACGACGAGUGUGUGCAGGAGGUGUCCAGCCUGCCCAAACCCCUCUGAGACGCCAGCCCAUCGGCGAGCAGCUCUCAGGUCGCUGCCGUCAUGUAGAUAAACCCUCACUUUAAAGGAGCAGUCCGGCAUUUUAGGAAGUCCCCUUUUCUCAUCAACGGCUCCAACGAAGCAUCAGCAUCUCCUUUUCACGUUUUGGUUUCCGCAGCGAGCAACAUGCUGGUCGGCAGAGUCCGAGCUGAUGGAAGGAGGAGCUAAGAGGCUAGCGGUUUCCCCCCGUCUCCAGUGUUUGUGCUAAGCUGGGCUAAACCUGUCCCGGACCAUCGGACUGCGGCGGAGACGUUUCACUUCCUGUUGAAGUGAUGAAAUCUCCCAGAAAUGAACCAUCAUGUAAAUAUUUCAGUAAAAUAAGCCACAGUUGCAUCAUGUUGUGCAGCAGACUGGACUGAUCAAUCAGACUGAUUGAUUGAUUGAGGUCAGAGGACGGUUGGACAGCGAGCUGCAGGUUCUCUGUUAAAGUAUUUCCUGUUUUAAGACGUUAGGAGUGUGUUGAUGUUCAGUUUAUUCUUCCUUUUUCGACUGUAAUUGAUUAAGUUUUUUCUCUUUUGGUCUUUGAGUUCUGCUGCUUUUUAAUUUUGUGUUUUUUGAUUAAAAGAAAUGUGAACUGAA